AUGCGUUAUGAAUUUAGUUAGUACGGGCCUUUUUUUCCCUAUAGGUGGGGCUUUUUUUACCGUAUUUUGAUAUCGGGGCUUUUUUUAAGGAAUACCGUAUUUUAAAAUACAUCAUAUAAAUUUCAAAAUAUUCAAAUACACAAAUCAAAUACAAUAAUAUUUAUAAUAUAUUUUCAAAAAAAGUGCGGGAAUAUAAUAUAAUAUAACUAGAGAGCGCUAGUAUUCUUGACACAGCAGCUGAUUGUCUUAGCACUUUUCAGUUUCAUUUUAUAGACUGAUAACCUGCUCCGUUCCGUAUCCAGUAUAUCUUAAUUCAUGGCUGAAACACAAUAAUAUGGUUAAAAGUAGGUAUUACUUGGUACAUUAUUGCAGUAUGCCGUGUUAACCAAUGAUACCACUGGGCACCAAUUUUGGUUUGCGUUUGACUUUGAUUUCGCUUUUCAACGUACGGACGUGUGGUUGCAUUGGUUUAAUUAUUGGUUCAUGAUAAAAUUCAAACUUCGGUUCCAGGUUUUUUUUUUAGCAUUUAUUUGUAUUACACUAUUAUGCAUAUUGUAUUUCAUACUUAAUUGUUUUUAUUACAAAAGUACAUAAAAUAUUUAAGUAUAUUUUUUGUAUAUCAAAUUUCUAAAAUGGCGAUUCCAUGUAUACAGGUUGAAAAAUGUCAUAAGUGUUUGAACUAUUAUCCUAUUAAAUCUGUUCAUCAAUGUGUUCUUGUUCCAGUUGAAGAACCUAGAAAAUUCCAAAAGAAUUUACCAGCAGUAUGUAUUGGAAAAAAAACACCACUGUUUAUAAAUCUUAGUGAUGAUACCGAGGAUCAAAAUAAAGUAAAUGACAGAGUAAACGAUUUUAGUUCAACUUUGUGUUUAAUAAAUGCUAUCAAAGCUCGUCGUCCAUUGUUUGAUCAUACAAUGCCGUUAUCAGAAAGGUCUGAAUCAAUUAAGAACAAACUAUGGAAUGAAGUAUUUUUUGAACUAAAAGGUCAGAUUACCAUUAAUGAAUUAAAAAAAAAAUGGAAAUAUCUAAAAGAAAAAUAUGUACGUGAAAGACAAAAAGCGAAAAAAAGUGGUCCUAAAGCAACUAGAAGAACAAAAUGGUUACAUUACAUUCAACUGUCAUUCCUGGAAGAAGUUGUAACACAAUGCCAGGUCAAAAAUUAUUUAGAUUUAAAUUUAGACAACCAUACUGAAAACAUUCCUCAAAGUUUAACUACUUCUAAAGAGCAAAAAAGAAAAGAAAAAAAUGACCAUAACUUCCAAAGACACUUGCCAAAUAAGUAUAAAAUGUCAAGGUAUACAUUAAGAAUGGAAUUUAACGAGGAUUUAUGUGAUACUGAUGUCUUCUUUGGAAAAUACAUAGUAGCAUUAAUGAAAGAUGUACCAAUAAAAAAGAGAAAAAUGUUACAGUGUCAGUUUAUAACAUCUGUUAUAUCUGCUCUGGAUUCUGAGUGAUGCGCUUUCUUUACAAUUUGUAUUACACAUGUACU